AUGUUCGACUGUGGAUUCCACCAACUGUCAAAUAUUGUUAAUCCGGCCGGAAAUGUUUUGGAUCUUGUUUUCACAAACAAUUUCUAUGAGAUGUCGUUGAUUGAAUCAACAAGACCAUUGGUAAAAUCCGACAUCUGGCACAAGGCAAUUGAAGUCGAAGUGACAAUUGAUGGAAAUGAGCCCACAACCCCGCAGGCGUCGGAAAUAUAUGCAUACAACUCGGCCGAUUUCGAUGCGAUGAACGAAUUUUUCGUUACAAAUGAUGUUUUGUUGGGAAUAAAUCGAAUUGAUGACCUCGAGAAUGCAUUCCAAUUAUUUGGCAAUGUUCUACACGAGGCAAUAGGCCAAUUUAUUCCAAAAAUCACCGUACAAAAAAGCACAGAUCCACCAUGGUACACGAAACAUCUGAAGCACAUGAAAAAUGUUAGGAGGAAAACAUACAAACGAGCAAGAGAGACUGGCAAUUUUGACGAAUACAAUACCAUCACGGAUUCGUUUUUGCAGUUGCAAAGUCAACUAUUCCAGUCGUACAUUAGCCGCAUACAAUCGCAAAUCAGAUUAAAUCCGAAACAUUUUUGGCGAUUUGUAAACGACAGAAGAAAGAGAAGUGAUAUUCCGGCCACUGUUGAAUACAACAAUGAGACUGCAGACACAGACACAUCGAAAGCAGAAUUAUUCGCUGAUUUUUUCGAAAAUCAGUACACACGAAGCGACAUUAUCGACUUGAAUCAAUUGCUGGAUGAAUGCGGAGACGUAUCAUUUGACAUUGACAUCACUGAAGCCGAUGUGUUGAAUGCAUUGCAAUCCAUCAACGAGAACAAAGGAGCCGGUCCUGAUGGAAUAUCGCCGAAAGUGUUAAAGAAUUGCGCACACUCAUUGUCGAAACCAUUAACAGCGCUAUUCUGUAAAUCGAUGCAUCAAGGAUGUGUUCCGGCAGCAUUGAAAAAUUCCAGAAUUGUGCCAAUUUACAAGGCUGGUAAAAAGAGCAAUGCAGCGAACUACAGGCCAGGGAAUAUGAGUACUACACAUAAAUUAAAUGAUGAAAAAUACAUUCAGCAGAUAUCGAUCCAUUCACAAAACGUAAAUGGAUUACGUUCGAAAAUUUCGGAGUUUGCUGCUGAGAUACUUGUUCAACUGUCAUCAAUUUACAUGCUUCGCGAAACACAUUUGAAUGAAGCAAUUAAUUCCAUCGACAUUUUUCCGCCAAUGUAUGAAGUCUAUCGAUGUGACCGAUCAACGAAUACUGAAAAGGACCAAAAGGGGAAAAGUGAUGAUUUGCCGCAUGAAAUGACUUAUUUAGGAGUGAAGGCGAAUGAACAGUCAACAAUCGCUGGUUUUUUUGCAAAGCACUUUGCCGCCGCUUACAGCUCUUUGGAGGGAGAUUUACAAUAUGACAGCUCAGAAAUCAAUAAUAUACAUGAUAUUUGUGCUGAAAUAUCAACGAUUGAUAUAACCGAGGAGCUAGUGGGACAACAAAUAAGCAUGCUCCCAGAUGAUCUAGUCAGUGGUCCAGAUGAAAUUCCAAACAAGUUUAUAAAACAUUGUUUGAUAUCAUUGCAAGGACCAAUCACAACACUAUUAAAGGAAUCACUUGAAACUGUUCUAAGAAUUCUGAAAAUUGAUAGUCUAUUGACAGAGUAUUGCUCAGCGCAUUUGCCAUCCACAGACUAUUAA